GUGAACACACAUGCUCCGUCCUGAUGACCAGUAGAGGGCGGUAACUCUGUUAAAAUGAAUAUGCAUCUUGCAAUGAUAUUUAGUGAUAGUUCAGCAUUCUCAUUCAGUCAGAGACUUUAACAGCACCAGCAAGCAGCCAUGGACUUACUCCGUGUAAUACCAUAUUUCUAUUUGUUUUUAGGCUCUACUUUUGGACAGCUCCUUACUAAAAGAGGGAUUAUCAACUCCAAUGAAGGUAAGAGCCAUCCCCCAUCAUUAUUUGUGGGUACCAAUCCAUGUCUGUCUCAUAGUGAUGUAGAAUUUCUUUUUUAAACUGGUUUUAAUAUUGCUAUCUCUUUUAGUAUUAUUAACAAAUAACAUUGUUUUUAUAAUAUUGCGUUUGUUUAUUAUGACCUUACUCUACCAGAAGUCUGUCCAGUUUGGAGGAACAGAUGGCUCUGCCCCCACCCCAGGUUAAUAUAAUUAGGUUAAUCAGGUUGCUGGGCAGUAGGAGCUUAGUAGCUCUGGAAACAGUUUGUGUUCUGCUAUAAUAACCAUUCUGUAUAUUUUCUGAAAUUGUAAAACUGUUUUUAUGUUGUUUUUUUUUAUUGCACACCUUAUCAUACACCAGGCAUUGCAUAAUCCUACAGUGACUCUUCUAACCCCUUAAGGACCAAACUUCUGGAAGAAAAGGGAAUCAUGACAUGUCACACAUGUCAUGUGUCCUUAAGGGGUUAAAAUAACAUUAUUAAUAAUCUUUCUACCUACCUUCAUACACACAUGAUUUGCAAAUAUACAGAUAUACUUAAUUAAAAGAAAAUCUCUGUGUUUGCAAAUCUACAACAAAAUAAAUAUAAUUUGAGGAUGUUAAAUUAUUCAUUAUUAAAGGGAGAAGCGUAGACUUUAAUUUAACCAUUUCCCCCCUUAAGUUUUUUUAAAUAUUAUAUAUGUAUUAAUAUUGACAAUUAAAUAUAUAUUGUUGCGUAUUGGAAAAGACAACUGAUUAUAUUAAGAGUAUAUUCUGAUUCUUCUGUCAGUAGCCAGCUCUCUUAUCCCAUGCCCCCAGUGAGUUCAGAUACUGUGACGAAGUAACAAUCUGUAAUAUUGAUUUCACAUACUAUAACUUACAGAGUUAUUCACUGAAGUGAGAAUUAUUGGGAAUUAAAAGUGAAUUUUUUAAAUUUAAGGCCAGAAUAGCCAAACUGGAUUUUUUUUUUCCUCAGUCCAAAUGCUUCAAAUUUGGCUACGGAAUUCUCCCAAAAUUUUCACUUUAGUGAAUAAUCUGGUUGUUGUGUGUUUCACCCUGCUGGCGUGGAGGGGAGGCUGGGUGUAUUUCGUAUUGUUUCAGCGCAAUAGGUGGUGCAACGUUAGAAUUCCUGACAGUCCAAUCUAUACUGAAUGACUCUGCUUGUUGUUCACAAAAUAUUCACAGGGCUAUUUCUUUCCUAAAGUUAGCAUUGUUCGGAAUUCCAAGUAUAUUCAAUUUAAGGCAAAAAGCAUUGUACCCUGCUCCCGUUGCAGUAAAUAAGCCCAAUGAUUACCUCCUUUGCUGGUUGGCAGAUUAAUUAUUAUAGGAAGGAGAAAUCUUUCCAAAAGGUUAUUUUAUCAGUAACUGCAUUCUUUCUUGGACGUCACUUGUGAAAUGCAAUAUGUACAAAUCCUAGUUUUGCCAUAAUCAGCGUAGUAGAGAGAUGCUUACUGUGUGCUUACUUUACAAAAAGAAUCAUUUACACAGCGCCCUUUCUGUUAAUGACAGCUAAUCUAUUAUUGGCAGCUAAUCUAUUAUUGGCAGCUAUUCUAUUAAUGAUAGUGACUCUAUUAUUGGCAGCUGCUCAAUUAAUGACAGCUAAUCUAUUAAUGACGGCUACUCUGUUAAUGACAGCUAAUCUAUUAAUGACGGCUAAUCUAUUAUUGGCAGCUACUCUGUUAUUGACAGCGACUCUAUUAUUGGCAGCUACUCAAUUAAUAACAGCUAAUCUAUUAAUGAUGGCUACUCUGUUAAUGACAGUGACUCUAUUAUUGGCAGCUACUCUAUUAAUGACAGUGACUCUAUUAUUGGCAGCUACUCUGUUAGUAGGUACUCACCAUGCCAACUCACAUCCUUUCGAUAUCUGCUACUCAACUUUAUUCAUACGAGGUCCCAUAUUUUUAAUGGCAGACACUCCCGUCAUGCAUGCCAACCCUCUUCUUGUUAAAGCCAUUAAUGCCAAUGGCAAUUAAUUGUAACCUGUAUUUUACUACAUCAUAUUAUUGUAUCAAUGACCGCUAUCCCCCUAAUCCCUACCAACUCAUACCCUCUUAUUGGCACCGUCUCAUCCAUGCCAUCUACCACGCUAUAAACGGCAUUUACUUCUUCUCAUCCAUGACAAACCACACAUGGUUAAUGGCAGCUGCCUCCUCAACCUCACCAAAUCUCACCCUAUUAUUAGUUCUCAUGCAUGGCAGAGCAGGCCUUUCUAUAAAAUACCACCUGUUCUUCCUUUCAUACAGGAUGCCUCCACCCUCACAUUUUUCCAGUGAUCCAUCCCGUUAUACUUACAAUUAUUUAUAUAGCACCGACAUAUUCCGCAGCUCUGUACAACAGGUAAACUAAACAGCCACUAAAUUCUGUUGGGGGGUUGUUUGGAAGGAAGGAGUACAGUCAGUGGGGAAAAAGUACAGAUGGAGGAAGUAAGGGACAAGGAAUUAAGGGGAGAGCUGCCUCAGUUAUAUCAAGUACCUGCCUCAUUCAUAUCAGAUUCCCAACCAUUGCCCCUCACUGAUUCUACGUUAUCCUUACCCCUUACUGUCGUCAAUAACAAACCAUUAAGGUAUGCGUAAUGUCGUCUUUUCAUGGCUUCUCAGUACUCCUCCUGAAUUAUAAAUGCUGUAUUCCCUUACAUUCUGUCUUUUUCACGCUAGCUUCUUACAUUCCUGUUGUUAGUAUCAACCACCCCACCCCCCAUUUGUGUCAGCAGCGUCUGUGAAAUUAAUUCAGAAGUAAUUGUUUCUGCCUGACAAUCUGAACGCCUGCUUAAAAUCCACACAGCACAGAUGAAGGAAUAAAAUGGAGGCCACUCUGCCUCAAGCCAUUGUACUUGCAACGAGAAACAUGCUGGUCAGAUAGAAACAUAAGUGCUGGAUAUAACGUAACGCUGCAUCGGAAAAUAGUCUUCCCUAUUAUUUAGUAGAUGUACCCCUAAAGAAAACACGAGGGGGUUAAAAAUAUCAGCUUGCAAUAGCUGCAGAUCUGCUGUCUGCAGCCUUUGUAAGCCCUCCUCUUUAAAUGUGACACAGAUCUAUUGACCAAUCAGUGGCUUCUCACUGAGACAUCUUUGUGCUGGAGCCACAAGCCCAGCUGUGGAGAUCUUUCAGCGAGAAUUUAUGAAAAUGACGAAUUUUUAAAUUAAAUAAAAAUUUAAAUGAUAGACUCCAGUCACAUAAAAUACGUCAGCAUUCUGAGUGUUAUGAUCGUUCUUUUGAUCUCACACUUCAAAGGCUCAUUCUUAGCAUAAAGCUGGGCCAUCAUCAUCCAGCAUUAGAACAUACUUUGCAGUAAUUAAUGGCGUUGACAUAAUCUAAAGAACUUGCUGAGGGUAUCUAAUGGCAGGGACUAAUGCUCAGCUGUCCUUCUUUACAUAAACGUAAGUAAACGGAAUCCUCUGUCAGUCUGUCUGGACAUUAUAUAGAGCAUAAAGUAUCAAGUUUAAUUAUUAAAACGACAAUUCAAAGUACAUUUCCAGAUUUAAGGUUAUAAUAGUUGAACCGGAAAAUUUGUCUAAUUCAGCAAUGCUUACAGUUCAACUACUUUGGCCUUAAAUUUUAAAUUCACUUUGAAUUCUUACUUUAGUGAACAACCCUGUAAGUAUUUUUGCUAACUAGACAAUAGCCUCCUAUUCAUAUUCUAUCCUUUCAUAAAUUGUUGCAUUUCCUUCCUUCAUUUAUCCGUUUGUUGUAAUAAUAAUGUCAUCAUAUCCGUUGUUCAUCAGCCAUAUUUGUCAACUACAAAUUGUGACACAGCUGGACAACAGCUCACCUCAUUACUAAUAUUUGAGGAAAUGUACAUGUUUGGGAUGACAAGGUGUGUGAGUCAGGAAUCCUUCAAGCAGGUGAGGAUCAAAACUAGACGAUAGGAAAAUGAUAGAGGUGUAAUAGCGACACUUGUAAUGUCUGGCUUAAAGGUUUACUCAGUGAAGUGGUCUGGGUGUAGUAGUGUUUGUUACCCUGCAAUGUAGAGCAUUACAGUUUUAUAGAAAUGGCAAUAUUUACAUUGCAGGGUUAGAUCCACCUCUUAUAGAGGCGCUUCCGUGGAUUUGAGUAAAACUCUGUGGAACUGAGUGAAACAGAGUAAACUCCGUCACGUGAUGUGAACGCCCCCAUAGAAAAGCACUGAUUCAAUGUCUUCCUAAGGGGAAGCUUGGAUGUGUGCGUGGCUGCGCAUGUACAUCAGGUCACCUUUGCUUCAGCUAUAGAGGCGGCCAUGUCAUCAGGGGAGGCAGAGAAGUACGCAGUGCCAAGGCAGCCUCUGUGCUGGAAAAGGGUAGGUAAAUCGUUUAUUUUCUUAAUUUUUACUGCACUUGGUGGGAGGACACCUGAAUAUACACAGGGACAAGGGGACACUAAAGCGUUAGGUAUUCAGGUUUCUAUUUCUAAUGCAGUAGUGUUCCUUAAAUGCAUGGAACCUUCGUGGACGGGAGAGGGAUCAUACUCAGAAACAAAGCCUACGUUUCAGGGAAUAAGAGAAUCCCAAAUACAGUUUAUCAGGUUGGGUCAAAGACACCAGAAGAAUGCAAACACAAGGACAAGCUGAGUCAAAACCAGGAAAUCACGAAGUACAGCGGAGUGUGCUAUUAGGUCAAGAAAGAACCCCGAAAUGGCACAGAGUAAAACUAAAGGGAGUUUAAAUAUGGAAACGAUUUGGGACACUCUGGUGUCGCCCAGUAUGUUGAAGCUGAGUCCUUGCUGGUGUCAAAGGGGUGCCCAAUGAUGCAAAUGUCAGAGAGAUGAAAAGCUAUAGUAGUACAGCGUCUGGUGUCAGAAUUGAGCAAAGAUGUGGGUAACACACGGGACUGCAGAUCCAGAAUCCAUGAUUGUCUUGGGAGAACAGUGCCCAAUGUUGGAAAUAUCCUGAGCAGAGAAUUAACAAGCCCAGAUUCCCAUUAACAAGCCCAGAAUCUCUGGUAUUUAAAAGGGACACUAUAGUCACCUGAACAACUUUAGCUUAAUGAAGCAGUUUUGGUGUAUAGAACAUGCCCCUGCAGCCUCACUGCUCAAUCCUCUGCCAUUUAGGAGUUAAAUCCCUUUGUUUAUGAACCCUAGUCACACCUCCCUGCAUGUGACUUGCACAGCCUUCCAUAAACACUUCCUGUAAAGAGAGCCCUAUUUAGGCUUUCUUUAUUGCAAGUUAUGUUUAAUUAAGAUUUUCUUAUCCCCUGCUAUGUUAAUAGCUUGCUAGACCCUGCAAGAGCCUCCUGUAUGUGAUUAAAGUUCAAUUUAGAGAUUGAGAUACAAUUAUUUAAGGUAAAUUACAUCUGUUUGAAAGUGAAACCAGUUUUUUUUUCAUGCAGGCUCUGUCAAUCAUAGCCAGGGGAGGUGUGGCUAGGGCUGCAUAAACAGAAACAAAGUGAUUUAACUCCUAAAUGACAGUGAAUUGAGCAGUGAAAUUGCAGGGGAAUGAGCUAUACACUAAAACUGCUUUAUUUAGCUAAAGUAAUUUAGGUGACUAUAGUGUUCCUUUAACAUUACACAGUCAUGGAAAGGUACUACACCAGUAAAGAAACAGUACAUUCUAUUUUAUUUCCUUACUAUAAUCCUCUUGCUCGCUUCCCCUUAUCUACAUAAACCAAUAAUUUGCAGUGUAUUUCCCAGAUUUCCUCUAUUAAGCACUGAGCACAGGGCUAUUUAACCUCUCUUACGAUGCUGCGUGCUUACUGUGUCUAAUGAAAAUACAGAAUUACAUUUUAGCUUGAUCUAUAACUCGACAGAUGUCUUAUUAAAUACUGAUGUUCCAGUAGUCUGAUAUAUAAUAUGUAAUAUAUAUAACACCCGUCACUGUAUAUCGCCCAAAAUAAACUUGAACAAACCAGAUACAUUCUAGCUAAUUUUUCUGGUGUUAAAAAUAAUUCCCUACUAGGUGUCCAUAGGUGCAGGUUAAGAAAGUGAGGUACAAAAUAGAUCAUACCCACUGUCCCCCCAUCUUCUCUCCGAAUCUCAGAACAGCAGCCUUCCACACUCAGUGGUGCAGUCCGAUUAGGGAGUAGAAAGGUCCACAUAUGGGCCCCUCGACCAGCAUUAAAAUGGUUUACAGUGCAGCGGUUUGAUCUAUUUUUUUUUGGGGGGGGGGUUUUAAUGCUAUUCAUACAAUGAUUUUAGUGUUUCAAGAAAAUCCAAACCUCAAGGACGUACUAUGCAUUAUUCAUAAUUAAUAAUUCAGGUUCUUUCCCAUAUGUUAGUGUUAUUGCUUCCUCCUAUUAUUUGGGGAUUUGAAUAAUUAUUUUUUUAGCAUUUCCUUAUUUGGCUUGCCCUUCCUUUAAAAACUGUCCCCUAGUAGGUAUGAUGACAUGAAUUUAUUGUUAUCUCAAAGACGUUAUUUAUUCCGAAAUAGGGAACAAUAACUUAUAUUGUAUCAUAUCCUCUGGAGAGCUUUAUGAUAAACUAGGACGUCAGUGUUGCGUUCUACUUCUCAUUUAUGUGAGGCUGCAGACCAAAACCCAUUAUACAAAUGACCUUGGUUGAAAUGGCCCUGCUACUCCCAUUGCUAGCCUGGCCACCCCAUUGACUUUGAUACACCAUAAUCCUGAGCCCCAGAGACUAACUCUAAACCUCCAAAUCCGUAACCCUAGCUCUCCACAUAUCAUUUUUUUUAAAGGCUGUUUACAAAUGAAAAAUAUUAUACAAUGCAAUAUUUUUGAAAACAUUGUCAUUUCAGGAUCACAUAAACUCCACUUGAGAUUUAAAAUGUUCUAUUUGUGCAGCAAUAUUUUGAAUGCACCCCCCUCAGUUUUCCAGAGAACACGUAGAUUGGAGUGUUCUGAAUGUAUUAUUGAAAACACACAGCUAUUAUCCAAGAAACUUGACGUAUACCAUUUAACAUUUUCGGUGACACUGGAAAAAAAAAAAAAUUGCAAUCGUAUCAGCUGAUGGUUUAGAUACAUCGCUAAUUUUGAGUGCUUCAUAUCACAUUAAUGUAUCAUAUAACAUUCUCCAGCUCACUAUCUGCAAAAUGUGACAUCCACUGACGGACUGAGGAGUGUCUCUCUAGGCCAGUUUAAAUCAGGAUUUUUCUUAAUCUAGCUUUAAAGAGUCACCAGAACCACUCAGCUUAAUGUAGUGGUUCUGGUGAGCAUAGUCUGUCUCUUCAGGCUUUUCACAGAACAUGCAGUGUUUACAUUGCUGCCUAUAGACAACAAUAGGUUCAGUCCCUCAGACGGCCACUGGAAGUGCUGCACUGCACGGAGGAGCUGACCGUUCCCCAUAGAGAUGCAUUAAUUCAAUGUAUCUCUAUGAGGAGAUGCUGAUUUGUGCAGGGUGGUGCUUUGCUGCACAUGUACAAUAGCCUCCCAAUACUUUCCAAUGGGAAGGCAUUGGAUUGGCUGAGAUCUCAGCCACAGAGGCGGGGCUAGCAUCGGCGAGAUUAGCAUGGAAAUGGAGACAGGUAAUUAAACUCACCUUCUAGCUCCAACAUGAGGGUCAUCCUGGGACCUACACAUUUACUCAAGCACUACAGUAUAGUGUUAAGAAUACAUUUUUGUAUUCUUUAAUAAUGUUCUGAUUUCAAUAGUUGCAUGCAUGUCCUAUUGUCUUAUACUCUUACGGGGUUAAUAAUAGCAUUUGGAAGUCGAAGCUUACUGUUUAAUUUGUUGGUUAACGCUUUCAUUAAUACAGUGUUAAAAAAAUGAAGCUAUGUUUAUAAACAACUUAAAGAGGAACUAUCCGAAAGAAACGGAGUCUAAGAAGUAACUCUGUUUUUUUCUUUAUUCUCUCAACAAUUUUUGUUGUAUUCAAAUACAAAAAGAUAAGUCCUGCGCUCACUCCCAUCACUCCUGGGCGGCAGCAAUGACCACAGUACACAUCAGCCCCAAUAUAUAGUUAAAAACCAAAGAAAAGUUACCUGCGCCCUCUCCUUAAUCCCUAUGUAUAUUUAGACAAAUGGAGGUCAUUCAGUGACUCCAAUUUUUGUUGUAUUGUUGUGUUUAUUAUGUGUGCACUGACACUACUGGUAUGCAUUCCUUUCUUUGUAUUCUCUUUAAAAAUCAUCACAAAGCAAUAGAAUUUGAUUUAAAAAUAAUAAAACCGACCCCCUGCAUAUAAUACAUUAUUUAGAGAAUGCAUUUGCAAAAAGGCAAAAAAACAAACAAAAAAAAGAAAUCUACAUCUUAAAGUUUUUCUGCAUGCAGUCGCAAUUAAACCUCUCAAAUACCUAUUAAAGAUGUUCCACUCAGCGUCUCAUUUUGGAGUAUUUUUAAUCCUACAAACCCUUGUCUAGAAGGGUGUUUUUGUUUGUCCCCAAAAAGCAGUUUCAUUCAUCAAGUUGGAUGAGUGGAACUGCCCUAAAAACAGGUAGCAGUCAUGCAGCUAUUGGCGGAGCCAUUGUUUGCGCAUGUACGGUUUUCUUUUUGGAAUGAAAGAGAGCUCAGUCUAAGUUGGACACAAUGUAUAUAGGUAACCUGGAGCUGAGACUAUUACAAUAUUGCAGAGCUUCUAAGUCUUUAUGAGAGCUGAGAGUAGGUUCAGGAUACCGUAUUUACCAUUACCUUUGGAAUCCUGAAAAGUUGUGAUGGUGCUUAGAGCGACCCUUUAACUGUAUUUUGUAACUUAUUUCUUUCCUUUUUGCAGUCUUCAAUUUUUUGAGGGUCAAUCAAUUCAGUAUUUUUUAAACGUUCGAGAUAUGUUUUAUUUCUAAAUAUCUGAUCUUGAAUAUCUCUCUUUUCUCUUUAUUUAUCCUCAAAAUGAACAAAUAAAUUCAAUUAAAUGUGUUUAAACGUCUACCUCUUUUUUACAGUUUGUGAAAUUGCUAACUUUGCAGUUAUUCUUAUUUUUCACUUUUGGAAACUGUUUAAAUAGUGUUCAUUAUGUGAGAGCUUUCAGCUGAUCUAAUCCCUGAAUAAUAGCUAUGGACCUUACUUUGAUAUAUACUGUGGAUACCAAGGCCUCCAUUUAAUAUUGCUGGAGAAUCUUUCUAAAUCAUUUAGUAGUUUUAGAUAAACUUGUAAAAUUAAUUAAUAUUAUGAAAACUUUUUUAAUUUGGUAACAUUUUGAUAUAUUGAUAUAUAUUUUUUUAAAUAUGAUAUAAAUAUUUUGAUAUUUUAAUUUAUUGGAAAAAUAAUUUUAAAAGUUUAUCCAAAGGGGGGCGUGUCCAACUUCCGGCAAGAUCGGUCGCAUGGAGUAGGAGCUCCGCACCACCCGGACCAGAUUAAACACUAUUAACGAGGAAAUCUCGCCGGAUUACCCUGAACCAGCGGGGGACAAGGCUACACGGCUCCUAAUGUCUCCCUCAAAACAGACGAAACUUACGGACGCGGUCCGCCAACAUAAGAGGGAAAGACUGAAGCAGGCCCAAGAUGGCGCCGCCAGCAGAGCUCAGUCUCCGGACCCUGACCCCUGCACCUAGUCGCCCACGCACUCGCUAUCAGACGACUCACAAUUCUCAAAGGAAUAUCUGAGACAAGUGCUCGCGGACCUCAGGUCCACUAUUAAAGAGGACUUCACCACCUCCUUGGCGGGCAUCCACCAAGAGCUAGAGGAGCUGGGUGACCGGACCGAUCAGGUCGAACGCAAAACUGAUGAUCUCUCCUCUGCCCACAAUCUGAUGGCAGAUAGAAUACAGAAACUAGAGGAAGAUAAUAUCAAAUUAUGGCAUAAAAUGGCGGACAUGGAGGACCGCUCUCGCAGGAACAACGUGCGGUUCCGGGGAGUAGCAGAGUCCAUAUCAACAGACCAGAUCUCGGCCUACAUCACCGCACUAAGUACCACGCUGGUCCCUGACCUCUCAGAUGUAACCUGGGAGCUGGACAGAGCCCACCGGGUUCCAAAACCGCCCAGAUUUGGCGCGGACGUCCCGCGCGACAUUAUCGUGCGCUACCAUCACUUUAAAGCCAAGGAGGCUCUUCUUAAGGCCGCUAGAGCCCAAGCCACAUUGCCCGACCCAUACAACGCUGUCUCUAUCUUUGCGGACCUAUCGGCCCUCACUAUGGCAAGACGCAGAGAAUUCUCCUCCAUUACCAAAACCCUACGCAACCACAAUCAGGCUUAUCGCUGGGGAUUUCCUACGAGACUACUGAUCUGGCGGCAGAAUAAGCUCCACAUUAUAGAUGACCCCCUGAAAGGUCUAUCCACGUUGAAACACUGGGGACUUUGGGGCCAACAAGAAACCACCCACCAACAACCGGACGCCUCGACCACCCUGAAGAGAUCCCAGCCAGACUGGCAGAUGGUUGGCGUUCGACGCUAACAGCCACCCCAUCUAGGACAGCAUCUCCCUGCCUCUACUCUUUGAUGUAUUCUACAGCCGCGCAAGAAGACACCAUGCUGACUGUCGAUGCCCUCGCCCGACACGGUCGUCAACCACCUACCCCUGAACUGUCUCCAGCUGGCUUAUGCCUUACGCAAGGGCUCUAAGUCUAUACACCGAUAAGGGUCAUAGACCCCAGUUGCUACGAGUGGUAUCGUAUGAACAUACACGGUGGCAAAAUGUUUGAUGAGGGUGUAGGGUGGGAGGGCAUGAAUAGUUCAAAAGUUGAAGGGAAAAGAAAAAAAAAAAAAUGUAUAUAAUAUCCAUUAAGUAUUGCUCAUACUCAUGAGGGAGAUCAUGCAUGUUUCACUGCUUUAUCUGAGAAAUGUUUAGCAAGGGAGUAACCCCCCCCUGGAAAAUUGCUCUGUCACAAUGUUCGUUCCUCCCUACGGAGGAAUUUAGGCUCCCAUGUGUACCACUUCAUCCCUCCUGUACUCUAGUAGGCCCCAAGGCUAGGUCUCCCAAGGCCCCCCCCUCCCCAUGGAACGCUAAGCACACACAUGGUCAAAUGGUCGCCUCCUGAGAAUUAUGACUACAUCCUAAGAUACACUAUCGACCAUGCUCAGCCUAACAGAGGGAAAUAUAUAUCACAAAAAAAAUAAAAAAAAAUAAAAAUAAAAACCCCUUCCACCAGUUAGCCACAGUACUCCCGGUUAAGUUACCAUAAAUCCGUUGCCCUUCUCCCCUACAUUACUUCAGAGAUUUAGAGGGGGCACAGGCGAGAAUGCUGUCCAGGUUUCAGCCCCUCUCGCGCAUAUUCUCCUCUCCAUUCCUGCCUACUCUGAGAAUCUGGUCCGGGUGCGGUCCUGUUCCGCACGACCCCCCAAGGGUAUCCGAGGUGUUUGGAGCUUUAGGCUCCCCUCUGGAUCCCAGUAUUUUCUCUCGUCCUAGAGAGUUAAUGUAUAUACCUUUGUUUGUUGAUUUUGUCUUUCCUGUUAAUCCCCUUCCCAUCCCCUUGGCAGCUACGUUGUCCCAUGUCUGCGCAGGACGUAUUCAGCCAUCUGAUCUUCCCUUAUUCUACACUACGCACCACCUAACCACAGGUCCCAUGAGUGUUGCUGGCAGACAGUAUGCUGUGACUAACAAGCUCUAUUAUAUAUCCCUUUAAGAUGACGUACCAAUUUAAAUGUCUCUCUAUGAACGUUAACGGCCUAAAUAGCCCAUUUAAAAGGAGCUCUGUGAUUAAGACCAUUCAUACCUCCCAGGCUGCCAUAGUUUGCCUCCAGGAAACACACAUGUGCAAAAGAAACCCCCCCAAGCUGAGCUCAUCCAGGUAUCAGCAGGUAUUUCAUGCCCAUGCCCCAAACAAAACAAAAGGAGUGGCAAUUCUGUUCCAUAUUGAUUGGGUCUUUCAUCUUGAUAAUACCUAUGUAGACGAGCUGGGCAGGCUCCUUGUAGUGGUAGGAUCUUUGAAUGGAAUGCAACUUACGAUCGCUUCCAUUUAUGCACCCAACAACUCCCAAAUUUCCUUCAUUAGAAGAGCACUAAAUAAAAUUUCUACUAUCCGUGUGGGGCACACUAUUAUCUGUGGCGAUCUCAAUUGCACGCUAGACCCCGAUUUAGACAUUAAGCGAAUAGCAAACAAACAACCUCUCCAACUUGCUAACACAAUGAGCGCAACCCUUAGCACGCUACUCCACAGGCACGACCUUUACGAUUCAUGGCGUUCCCUUUACCCGAAAGAACGAAACUACACAUAUUUCUCACGGGUCCAUCACACAUACUCGCGUAUAGAUAUGUGCUGGGUAGAUAAAAAUACGGUAUCCAAUAUAAUAGAAGUGCAAAUAGGUGACCGGACAUGGUCCGACCACGCGCCGGUAACCACAACUUUUAGGGCCUUGUUCCCGUCACGGGGGCGCAGUGCCUGGCGUUUAAACGAAUCCCUCCUUGACAAUGAGACUACGGCUGCAAAAAUUCGGGAUAACAUAAUAUCAUUUUUCGAGAAUCACCUUUCCGACAGCACACGCAUAGACACUAAAUGGCUGGCCCUAAAAGCCGUGCUAAGAGGCCUACUAAUUCAGGCAGGCGCAAUAAACAAAAAGAAAACCCACACCGAGUCAGAUAAUCUACUUUCUCAACUUAAAUCCUUAGAACAAAUUAAUAAACUCAAACCAUCUAAAAAGCUAUCCCGUACUAUUGAAAAGUUAAGGGACAAAAUACUUAAUAUAUCCCUGAUAAAUGUGGAACGACAGCUCCGCAAAUUAAAGCUCGCCUAUUACAUGCAAGGGAACAAGGCAGGCAAACUACUUGCAAAACGUCUAAAAUCCCGAUACAUACAAUCUAAACUCCCAUAUAUGACCUCGUCCACUGGAUCAAAGUUGUUUAACCCACAAGAUAUAGUAGACGAACUAGCUAAUUUUUACAAGGGACUAUAUAACCUCGCACAGGACAGUACUUUACACCAACCAUUAGACCCAGAAAUAGCCACCUUUUUGACGGGAGCAGCGCUGCCGCACCUAUCGGCACAGCAAUGCGCAACCUUGUCAGCAAAUUUCACAGAGGAAGAAAUACGAAACGCAAUUCGCAAACUGCCCAAACAUAAAGCUCCGGGCCCAGACGGGUUCUCCAACCACUUUUACUCCACAUUUGAGACACAGCUAACUCCACACCUCACAAACCUCUUCAACUCCUUCAGGGACUCAGGGACAAUACCGAAAGAAAUGUUGCUAGCCCAUAUCGUUACACUUCCUAAGCCCGGCAAACCGCCCACCGAAUGCGCCAACCUGAGACCAAUCUCCUUGUUGAACGCAGAUAUUAAACUUUUUGCCAAAUUACUAGCCAACCGCCUCCAACCCCUCCUGAGGGACCUGGUCUCCCCAGAACAGGCAGGAUUUGUCCCACAUAGACAACCGGGGGAUAACACUCGGCACUUCCUGAACCUCAUCUCAUGGGCCCAAAAAACCAACCAAAAUGGCAUUUUACUAGCUCUAGAUGCGGAAAAAGCAUUCGACCGCCUUAAUUGGUCUUACAUGAGGGCUGUCCUAACUGCAGUGGGCAUACCACAAGACUUCCUGAAAGGCAUUAUGGCCCUAUACUCCAAUCCAGCAGCCAAAGUAUUCAAUUCAGGGUUCCUAUCUCAGUCUUUCCAAAUAACCAAUGGCUCUAGACAGGGCUGUCCCCUCUCCCCGUUAAUCUUUAUAAUUUGCAUGGAACCACUGGUUAGACAUAUCAAAAGGGACAACUCGAUCGAAGGCCUAUCUACCCCCAUCGGGACUCAAAAAAUAGCCCUAUUCGCUGACGAUGUCCUUCUUUUCUUAUCACGCCCAGUAAAAUCUCUACCAAACUUACUAACUUUGCUGGAAAUUUAUGGUAAGGUCUCGUUCUAUAAAAACAACGCCAAAAAAACACAAGCGUUGGCACUGGGACUGCCACCUACCUCUCUAAACCCUCUAAAAACGCUAUACCCGUUUGAAUGGCGGAACUCCUCCAUUUCAUAUUUGGGUAUCAAAUUGCCAACGAGGCUCUCAGCAAUAACGCACGAAAACCACCUGCCACUCAUUCACAAAUUAGAGCAACUCCUUAAGUCCUGGGAGGAGAAGGAGAUCUCCUGGUUAGGACGUAUCCACACUGUAAAAAUGAUGAUCCUCCCGCACAUUUUAUACCUAUUCCGCACUCUUCCCAUUACAAUCCCCAACUCGCUCCUAAAGAAAUUUCAGGCCAUGAUCAAUGCUCAUAUAUGGAAGAGAAAACCCCCCAGGAUAGCGCAAAACUCACUAUGGCGCCCGUUCACAAAAGGAGGUCUGGGUGUUCCCAAUAUUUCCCUUUACUAUAAGGCGUCCCUGCUGGCCCAGGGCCUUACGAUCCUUGAACGCCCCUCUCCCCCUAUAUGGCUGGCAUUGGAGAACGCCUGCACACCUAAUGGCUCAAUCCCACUUUCCCUGUGGGCCGGGUCAAAACUUCCCAAAGCCACAUCCCUGCUGCCCACCACAGUCGCGCUCUUUCAUAACUGGAAGCAAACUACACCGCUCUUCUUACGAAAUAACGACCUACUCCUAGCUGCUCCACUCCAAGCCCUGACUACAAGAACCUCAAACAUACACCUAGACAACUGGCUUAAGAAGGGGAUCACCCAAGUUCGUUCCCUACUGUCCGCUGAAGGCAUCAAGUCCUUCCCAGACCUGAUCAGGGAAUUCCACAUCCCCUCACGGGAAUUAUUCUCCUAUCUCAGAUUAAAAAAUAUAAUUCAGAAGAGCGGGAUUAGCCUGAGGGAACCCGACUCUACACCGCCCUUCAUCCACAAAUGCAUGGGCAAGCUUCCAAAAACCAAAGCAUUAUCUCUAUGUUACAACACUCUAUUGCUCCAAGACAAACUGUCCAAACCACCGUAUAUGUCUAAAUGGGAAUCAGACCUAGGAAAGCAUUUUUCUAAUGAAUUAUGGCAUCGCGCCCAAAGAUUAACUAAACAGGCGUCCCAUAGCCUUAAUCAAUGGGAAACAUACUGUAAAUUAACGAUGCGAUGGUAUCUAGUCCCCACCAAAUUGGCCCGUAUCUAUCCGGGCUCUGACGCAAGCUGUUGGAGAUGCCACAAUAGCGAAGGGUCCCUCUUACAUUUAUUUUGGACAUGUACGUCUAUUACCACAUUAUGGCGGGACGUACACGCUCUUCUGUAUAAAAUUCUGGGAGUGCAAAUUCCCCAAUCCCCAGAGUGCUUUCAUCUACAUAUUUUUCCGAAUACCCUUCCCACGGAAGCAAUCCCUUUCAUGAUUCACUGUCUCAUGGCUACCAAAACUGCCAUAGCACACAGAUGGAAAUCACCACUGACACCAACAAUGCCAGAAAUCCUCAGCAGGCUGGACUCAUUCCAUGCUUAUGAACGUAUGGCUAGCCGGCUGACAAAUAGCCAAAGUAGGUAUAAAUUAAGAUGGCAAAGUUGGGUACUCUAUAGAGAGGGGGAGACGCCCCAGGUGCCGUAGUCCGACCACUAACCCCAUUCGGGUUUCCCCCCCUCCUACUCCAUGGGCUCAUAUAGCAGCCCUCCUACGAUUAAGCCAGAAUGCUCUAAUGUAUGUUCACUUUUAAAAUGUUUGUUCACUUUUAAUAUGUAAUAUGAGGAUCACAUGUUAAUUGUAGUGCCUACAAUGCCUAUAAUGUCCUCUUACCACGGAUUACCAGACAAUUGCAUUGUCAGCUGUUCCAUACUGUAUUACACUGUACUGUACUGAAUGAUAUGUGUAAACCUAUAUAAGCUGCUUUUUCCCCUCCCCCCUUCCCCUUUCUCUUCUGUACCCCCUGAUAUACCUCGUAUUCUGUUUUAUACGAUGAUGAAAAAAAAAAUAUGCCUAAAAUAAAACACAUUGGGAAAAAAAAAGUUAUUUUUAAGGGAACAAUAAAUUUAAAAGCUGCAAAAAAAAAAUAAAAAAUAAAAAGUUUAUCCAAAAAUUUCCAAUCAAUUGGAAAGCUCAUCCAACAAUAUUAAAGCGAGGACUAAGGCUUUGAUUCAAUAUUGUUGAAAAAGCUUUCCAAACAAUUACAUUUUUUUUAAAUAAACUUUUAAAAUAAUGUUAGAAUAAAAUAUUAAAUCUUUCAAAUAUUUUUAAAUAUUUUACAUAUUAUUUUAUGUAUUUUUUUAUAUAUUUUAAUGAUAUUUUAAUGUUUAAAUUAAAAAAAAAUUAAAAAAUAUGAAAUAAUUUGAAAGCUUAUCCAACAUUUAUAAUUCGAAGCUUCAUCAAAUCUUAAUUCAAAUACUUACUUAAGACUCAUAAAUGUCUUCAGCUGAUUAUACGUAACUACUCUUUCUUUAAAUAGUUUGCUUGGAUGAAAAAAUAUUUUUUUCUGAUUUUGUUUAUGUGUUGCUCUGCACUAUUGAAAUACAUUAACACGUUCUGCAUAGAUGGUGUUGUGGCUUUCUAAAAGGUCUAUCUCUGAUUGUUUGGGGAAGUUUACUAAUGGUUAAGUAAUGGUUGCAAAUUCUUAAAAAUAGAGAAGUAAAAUUGCCUAACACACAGUGUGUGUGUGUGUGUGUGUGUAUAUAUAUACAGACAGGUAGAAUAAAUAGAUACUAUUCUGGUACAGUACAGGAAUCCACCUAAAUUCCGAGUUCUCCAUAAACAUUAGAUGAUAUUUUAAAUUGUAUUUUAUAUUGCAUUGGACAAAUCAGUCUUUUUCAUAGGAUUCAGAGAUGACAAAUGUCACGUAUGACCUAUAACAAUUAUUUAUAGAAUAUAUACAGGAGGUAGACAAUAAUAUGGACUAAACAAAUUAGAAUGCAGCACUGUGUAUUUCCUGGACAGUCGUUACAGUAAGUGCUGUGACUAAGCACUGUCCAUUAAAACAUAAUAGAAGGACAGAUAUUGCUACAGUCUCUAUCAGUCUAGAAAGGUCAUUUUCAAUGAGACAUAGUAUUGAGAUCUUGUUUCGUUAAAGAUGUAGUAAGGGAAAAUACAUGCUUUAUUCCUGUAAAUUAAAUUCACAUCCUGUUUAUUCGAACCUAUGCUUAGCUAUAAUAUGGACAUUGAGUUACAGUAAUUUGUUUACUCAUACUUCAUUAUUGCGUUAAACGUUUCAUUAUUAUUACUUCUUUUAUUCCCAUGAACAUUGUCUCUUGAAAACUAAUAUAUUGUCUUAUUUAAUGCCUGUAAAUCCGACCCUAAAGUAAAUAGGAAGUAGACAGUGCAGUACUAAGCAGAACUCGCUCAUCACAUGCUUGCAAAACAAAUCUGUUGUUUUGUAAAUAAAAGCAUGUGUCAAUAAAUGAUUCUCGAGGCACCAAAAUCGCCACAGCGCGCUGUAAUGGUUAUGAGGCUGGAGUGUCCCCAAAUGUAGGUAAAUAUAGACUUUCUACCUGGGGUACACUGGCGCCCACUCCCUGCUCACUGCCUCCUGUAUGACAGAGAACCAGUGGAUGAGGGCAAUCAGCUGACGUUACCAGCUGACUGCACUGUAGAGCUUAGCUCAGGAGAGCUAACGGAAGCUUCCGCUUCUCUGUCAGAAGUAAUGGAGGUUGGGAUCAGUGCCAGGUAAGAGGACAAAGCAAAAAGCUAUAAAAAAAAACUAUGUUAACUUGGUGCCAGGAUUGUCUCAUUAUUUCCUUUAGGCAUUAAAAGAACACUAUAGUCACCUAAAUUACCUUAGCUAAAUAAAGCAGUUUUAGUGUAUAGCUCAUUCCCCUGCAAUUUCACUGCUCAAUUCACUGUCAUUUAGGAUUUAAAUCACUUUGUUUCUGAUUAUGCAGCCCUAGCCACACCUCUCUUGGCUAUGAUUGACAGAGCCUGCAUGAAAAAAAAAAACUGGUUUCACUUUCAAACAGAUGUAAUUUACCUUAAAUAAUUGUAUCUGAAUCUCUAAAUUGAACUUUAAUCACAUACAGGAGGCUCUUGCAGGGUCUAGCAAGCUAUUAACAUAGCAGGGGAUAAGAAAAUCUUAAUUAAACAGAACUUGCAAUAAAGAAAGCCUAAAUAGGGCUCUCUUUACAGGAAGUGUUUAUGGAAGGCUGUGGAAGUCACAUGCAGGAAGGUGUGACUAGGGUUCAUAAACAAAGGGAUUUAACUUUUAAAUGGCAGAGGAUUGCGCAGUGAGGCUGCAGGAGCAUGUUCUUUACACCAAAACUGCUUCAUUAAGCUAAAGUUGUUCAGGUGACUAUAGUGUCCCUUUAAAUGAAAUACUUAUCUCCUCUCCAGAGCUUCCAACAUGCUAUCUUCCUUGGCAGCACAUAGGUAUCAGACAACAUGACAUCUGUAACUAUGUCCUUAUAUUUCACCAGCAGAGUCUGAGAAACAUUCGCUAGAGGAAAAAGCACAAGAACCAGAGUGCAUGUACUGUAGUUGCUGUGAUGUAGAGCAGAAUGACUCACUUAAAGGGGACACUAUAAGGAACAAAACAACUUUAGCUUAAUUAAGUGGUUGUGGUGUAUAGACCAUUCUAAUGCAGUCUCACUACUCAAUUCUCUGCCAUUUAAAAGUUAAAUCGCUCUGUUUAUGCAGCCCUGGUCACACAUCCCCUGCAGCAUACGUGGCCUAUACGUUUCCUGGAAAAGUAAAAAAAAAAAAAAGUUUAAUUUCUUUUCUUGCACAGUGUGUUUCAUUUAAAAUGUCUUGUCUCUAGCUCUGUUAAUUGCUUGUUAGAGUCUAUAGCAGGAUUCUGUGUGUUAUUAAAGUUCAAUUAGCGGAAUACGAGACAAUAACUUCUAAAAUAAACACACUGUGCUGUAAGAUUUGAUUGACAAUGUGACUAUUUUUAUUCAUGACGACUGUGUGAGUCACAGCCAGGGGAGGUGUGGCUAGGGCUUCAUAAACAGAAACAAAAGUGAUUUAACUCCUAAAUGGCAGAGAAUCUGCAGGUGCAUGAUCUAUACACCAAGAUCACUUGAUUAAGAUAAAGUUUUGUUGAUGAUUAGUGUUCCUUUAAGUCAUUGCUUUCUGUGCCGAGAAUUAAUGGAUUCAUUGAUUGAGUGGAGGAAGCAUGUUUUUAUGGUUUUUUUUUAUUAUGAAAAUUCACAUUUUUGUUUAGAAACUUUCCUAACACAAUGUGUCUCCUCUAUCUUUAAAUAAACAAAGUUGCAUGUAACACAACAGAUCCACUUUAAUAUGGCUUUUCUGCCUGGAACCGUAUGAUAUAUGUAUAAAGCCGAUAUGGCCAUUAAUUCUCUCUUUUCGGUCAUGCUUUUUGCUAGUUGCUCGUUAACUCACACACAUUAACUCUCUAUUUUUGUUUCCCCACAGGUAUUGGUCAACAUUUUAAUCUUUCACAUCAACAGAAAAAUCCUGUAUUUCAUCUGACUAAUGAAAAUGUUUUAUACGUUGGAGGCCAGGAAAUUCUUUAUAUCUUUGAUUUCAAAACUACGGAAGCCCUACAGGUAAAUGAUCGAUGGCUACUUGUUCUUGAGCACGAUGACUUUAUACAAUUCUAGAAUUAUACUGCCUUCAUAACACAUUGCCAGGUAUACAUUGUAUUUUAUACAAAUCAAAGGCACAUCUUGUAGAAUAAGCCUAGGUGCUGGAUGCUAGAAGAGUUAAUAACAAGACCCCAAAACAAAUCCAACUCAAAUUCACAUAACUGGAUACAGUAAUACAGCUCAGAGCCCACUGAGCUUCUGUAACAUCCGUUUUGGAAUAUGUGUUAUCUGUGUCGGUAGCUUAAAGGAACAGUAAUUAAAUCAUAUUAUUUUCUUAAAAGACAUUUAUUCCUUAUUCUUGUUAGAUAUAUAGCCCCUCCAUGGUAAAAAAUAAAUAAAUGUAAAAACAAAGCGGUUUUCCUGACACCAUAGUGCCCUGAGGGUGCCCCCACCCUCAGGGUCCCCCUCCCGUGGCACUGAAGGGGUUAAAACCUUACCUUAAUCCAGCGCCGGGCUCCCUCGUCGCUGGUGACCCCUCCUCCUCCGCCGUCAGCUCCCCUGUCCGACGUCAGCGGAGCCGAAUGCGCAUGCGCGGCAAGUGCCGCGAGCGCAUUCAAAGUGUCCAUAGGAGAGCAUUUCUCAAUGCUUUCCUAUGAACGCUCUGCGUGAUGGAGGCGAAAUAUGCCUCCAGCGUUGCAGAUGCACCUAUAGUGGCUGUCCGGAAGACAGCCACUAGAGGCUGGAUUAACCCCAAAUGUUUCUCUGAAACUGCUAUUUUUGCAUCUGAAGGGUUAAAACCUGAGGGACCUGGCACCCAGACCACUUCAUUGAGCUGAAGUGGUCUGGGUGACUCUGGUGUCCCUUUAAUUACCAUAAAACAUACAUGUAAUCCAGGAAUACUCCAGACUCCUUUUCUAAGCCCAAUCCUCCUCUGGUGAUGGUGAAGUCCCCAAUUUAGAUUUUUCUCAAAAGAAAGCUUUCAGUACAUGUGCAGCAUUGGCCGUGCUUUGUCAAUCCAAUGACUGUUAGAGAAGUAUUACCUGCGUUCGAUGCUGUCAUGCCAAACAUAAAACAUAAAACAUUUAUUAUAUUCUAAUAAAAGAGAGGUUUAGGCAGAUCUUUAUUACCCUUUCUCUGCCUUAGACAAAAUCUUAUUUCUUCUAAACUAAAGGAUGGCCUCUUGUUCUUUGUACAGUCAUGUUAAUGAGCAGGUUAUCAGUGAAAUACAAAUACACAAUAAAUAAAUAAACAAGUACGAGCUUUUGAAAUAUGUUAAAGGUUUAAAAACAACUAAAAUGACUCUCAGCUAAUCAAUAUGAAUUCAACAUAAAGAACAUGAUGUCAUUAAAUUAGUAUUAAAAUGUCUACGUUUUGCAUAUAUAACCCAGCUACGGGUUCUAAACUUUAUCUCUAUUCCAUUAUUACAGAUAGAACACAAAUCAGAGGAUGUGAAUAGCAAGGUAAGAGUAAAAGUGUGAUACUUGAAAAUAUUAACUUUUUUUUUCCUCAAUACCUCUAAUUUAUGCUAGUCCUAGUGCCUUACAAGCCCAUCACUAUCACAUUGCCCCCAUAUGAAAUUAUGCUUACUUUAAACUUGUUUACACCUUUCUGAAGUGUGUGUGUGUGUGUGUAUAUAUAUAUAUAUAUAUAUAUAUAUAUAUAUAUAUAUAGAGCCAGUCGCUGUUGUAAACACAAUUUUACAGAAUGUUGGUUUUUAAAUAUGUCAUAUAUUCUUUCACUGUCUUGUACGGACUUUGCCGUCACAUCAAGUUUUUUCUAAGUGCCAGAAAGUAGCUAUGUAUUCCAAUCUGUCAAGAGAAAAUUGCACUAAAUCUAUUUUAUCACUUUUGUACUAUGUCUUAGAAUGGUGCAAAUCAUAUUACCAUUGUUGAAGAGCUAGAGGGAAAGAUUCUUGUCUGUGGGACCAAUGGUAACAAUCCAACGUGCUGGAAUCUGGUAAGGAUAUAAUUCACUUACUGGUAUUUAAUACAUCUAUGGUGUGAGCUGGUCCAGACACUUAGACAAUGUUAAUGCGUAUUAAAGUGAGUAACCAGACUUAAAAAAUAUAUAUUUUUAAAAAUAUUAUAAAAAACAUAGAGAUAUAUGUAUGUGAGAAUGCACUAUCUACAUAAUUCAGGCAGUUAUUUUUAUCUAUUUAUUUUAAUGUUAUUUUUAUGUUUAAUUUACAGUAGAGAACAUUUGUGAUAUACAUUUUAAAUACUAUGUAGACAACAUAGAGUUCUUUAAUUUUAGAAUGAGAGAUUGUAAUGUUAUGAUAUACAUGUCUGUUAUACAGUGUGUACUGAUUACACAUCAUGUUCCCAAGAAACGCUUAGUCACAUUAGUUGCUAUCUAGAGUGACAAACGUGGAUGUGAAAGAAUUGCGAGAACAAACAGUACAUACGGAUUCUACAAAUAUAGGCUCUAAUUCCAGGGAUACCAAAAAUGUUGUUUUUGGACUACAACUUCCAUGAUGCUUUGCCAUUUAAAGUCUGGAAAAUCAUCAUGGGUGUUGUAGGUCUCUAAUACCUAUUGGGAUAUACCUAUUUGGCAACCUUGCUGUAAUCUCUAAUGUCACGUGGUAAUCAUUGGAAGCAUCAGAACAUAAUUUGACAUAUACUGAUAGCUGCGUCAUUAAAUUCACUUUUCUUCCUGGAGCAAGGAAUCCAUAUUUCUUGUCUUAUUAUUGUUGUGUCAAUUUUCUUAUCGAUGAAAACGUUCCCUAAUUUGUGCUUCUAGAGAACGCUGAAAUCUGCUGCAUUUAUUUCAUAAUCGUGGAAAAAAUGGUAGAAGGAAGAGAGAAAAAAGUACGCAACAGGAACAUUAUUACAAAAUAGUAUUAAAAUGUAGGACUAAUGAUAUGCUUGUAGAAACAACAUUCCAAUUGACCAGCACAAUUAACAAAUCAAAUAAUUUUAUGCUGUUUUGCCAGCCUACCUUUUUCAAGAAGGAAUUCUAUCCGCUAUCCCAUCAGUUUCUAUCCAGUUUGUAGUUCUGUCUUUCGAGCCUACAAAUGAAAAUGUCUGAUGGUUCAUUCUUCCAUAUCACAUAAAGUAUAACUCCAUAAUUUAAACUAAAAUAGUAAAUGCAAAAAGACAUGUGAUCAGAGGAGGAUUGUCAAUGGGUGCACUUACCUCUUGGGCUACUAGUAUGUAGAGAACACCGCACAAUACUAAACUGCAUUAUACUUGUAUUAUUCGUUAAUUAUUGUAUUUUAGUUCUCACAGUAUUAGUAAAAUAAAUAAUAAGAUAUAAGUUCCAAGACAGAAUUAACAUUCUUAGAAAAAUAAAAUGAUACCUUCCUUGAGCCUUCAAUACAAAUAAUACAGUUACAUUAAUAUAAUAAGAGGAAACAGAUGAUCCGUAAAAUAUAAUUACAGGAAAAUGACAUGUUAUAAAUGUAAGAAUAACUUUGUGGACUCUAUUAUUUCCAAAACAAAAAUUAAAAUGCAUUGUCAAAGCAUGAACAAAAAAAGCUUUACGCUCAGGUCGAGUCUGAAAAACCUUUUAUUCUUUCCUGUUUUUGGUAGGAAUGCUAUUUCGAGCGUUAGGGGGUGGAUUUGCAACCUGUCUCUAAGUAAUUCACAAUUUACUGUUAUCUGACCGAUUGUUGCUCAACCUAACUUGCCUACUGCUCUGUGUGCUAUGUGGGACUCUGCAGCAGAAGUUAGUUUGAUAACAGGAGAAUCAGAAAUACUCGGAGGCUGGAGAAUAGAAUUCCAACCGAGAAGCAGGUCUGGAAUAACAUAGGGGCUAAUGGAGCUGAAGCUACAGGCACAUGCCCAUAGAAUAGGGCCAUUGAGAAUGAUUACAAAAAAAUAAAUACUUGUUUUUUUUUUGUUUUUUUUUACUACUCGUCACAUGCACUUGCUUUGUGCAGAGGAAUUAAGACUGGAAACUUAAGAGGGAUGUAGGGAGACAAAACUUAGUAACUAUGAAAUUAGUUAAGGUACAGCUGACUUUUCACACUGUGCAAAUGCUCUUCAGUCUCUCUAACACUGCAGCAUGUCCCCUUUCUUAUACAUCCACUACAUCCACCUUUGCUCUGUCCCAGACUGCAAACAAGGAGCUUCUGUCUGCUAGUAAGACGGUAAGGAGAGGAGAGAACAAGUUAAUUCCUGGAAGACAGUUCUCAGAGCAGUGUAGAGCAAGCGCAACAUUAGACGCAUUUUUGCCAAGCCCAGUGCGCUGUCUGCAUAGUAGGCCCUUAGUUGGCCAGCCUGCGUGAUUGAUGGGAAGCCUGACAUCCAUUCACACCAAGCUGACCUUCCAAUACUUCGGGCGGACCUGUCCCCUUUCUUGGCGUUGUCCGCCCCUUUGGGCAGUGCUGGUUAAGUGAUUUGUGUCAGUAGCCAACCCUUUUACCCUGCAUCACCGGACGCUGAUGUUAGGGGGUAUGGAUUUGCUUGAGAGAUGAAAGUGAGAGAUUAGUGUUUUCUUACGAUGGUCCUCCAGCAUCCCCUCCAUCGGAUACAUGAAGCUUGGAAGGUAUGAGGGUUUUAGUGUAUUCUGUUGAUGUUUCUGUAAAUAGGACUGUUGUAAUUGUCAGCACAGGGCCCAAUGGGCUCGUUAUCUGGCUCUGCCAAGAUGGGGAUAGAUUCUGGAAGGUGGUUCAGACACCAACACAAGAUCAGGCUUUUUUCGUUCACACUUUAACAAAACAUUUUCAGUUUCGUAUUGACUCUAACGGUGUCCAGAAAGGUCUUCUUGUAUCUGACAAUUUUCCCUGUAAUUAUAUUCUACAGAUCUACCGUGUCCUCUUAUGAUAUUAAUAGAACUGUAUAAUUAGUCUUGAAGGCACAAGCAUUGUAUUAUUUUAUUUUUAUAGAAAUGUUAUUGUUGCUCAGCCACAUAAAAAGAAAAAAGUUACAUUUUCUCAAAAAUUCUAUUACUUCCUCUUUUUAAAAGAAAUGAAACUAAAAAUGUUAACUUCUAACAAAAGGCAAGUAUAGGUGUGACUGUUCUUUCAUGAAGCAUUGUAUACUCUUUGCUAUAAUAAGAAAUGGCAUAGCUCAGCUCCAGAGAACCAUAGAAUGUUUAAAAAGAAGAGUGACAAACAUUAGCAGUCCCCCACCACCAAGCAUGGGACAAUGAGUAAACCCACAGUCAGCAGUACUCACCAGAGCAAGAGGUUAACACACUAAACAAUCAGUUGCCUUCACAACACAUAGUCAGCAUUUCAUGAUGCUGAUUAAACUAGCCGUGCUAAACCAAGCUUGUAGUUAAAUCUUGUAGAGGCAUUUAUGUAAAAUAAGAGUGUGUUACUGUGUACAAGGAAUAUGCAAGUUAAAGGGACACUAAAGGAACCAAAACAACUUUAGCGUAAUGUAACAGUUUUGGUGUACAGAUCAUGCCUCUGCUGUCUCACUGCUCAACUCUCUGCCAUUUGGGAGGUAAAUCAUUUUGUUUAUACAGCCCUAGUCACACCUCCCUGCAUGUGAUUUGCACAGCUUUCCUAAACAAUUCCUGUAAAGCGACAUCUAAUGUUUACACUUCCUUUUAUUGCACAUUCUGUUUAAUUUAGAAUUUCUUAUAUCCUGCUCCGUUAAUAGUUUGCUAGACCCUACAGGAGCCCCCUGUGUGUGAUUGAAUUUCAAUUUACAGAGCAGGAGAUAAAAACUUAAAGUAAACAUAAAGCAAGUUAACAUCGGAUUGAAAAUUGACUUAUUUUUCAUGCAGGCUGUGCCAAUUACAGUCAGGGGAGGUGUGGCCAGGGCCGGUGCAAAGAAUUUUGGGUACAUAGGCGAAGAUGCAUUUUUCCUCCCCCCCCCCCCAAAAACAUAUUUGCCCAUGUGCCUCUUAACCUCCCUUUUGUGUUUCUUAUCCUGUCUUUUAAAUAUCUGACUCCCUUUAGUGUAUUUUAUCUCCUAUUUUUGCCUUUGUGUGUCUCCUAUCUCUCCUCUUUGUGUCUUUUAUUCUUCCCAGCUCCUUUGUGUGUCUCUUUCCUUCUCAAGCCCCGCUGUGUGUUUCUUUUACAUCCAGCCCCUCUCCCUGUCCCUUAAUGGUCCCCUCCCUUCUCUGACCCUUACUGUUCCUCUCCCUUCUCUCCUCCUUUCCCUUUUCCUCAGUGUUCCUUUCCCUUCCCCCCCUCCUUUCCCUGUCCCUUAGUGUUCCUCUCCCCUUCCCCCUCUGUUCCCUGUCGCUUAGUGUUCCUCUCCCCCCUCCCUCCUUUUCCUGUACCUUAGGGUAUCUCUCCCCUCUUCUCCAUGUCCCUUGGUGCGCCACCCACCCCCAUAGUGGUCCCCUCCCCUUCCUGGUGUGCCUCCUACCUUUCUUGUAGCGUGGCUGAGCGGAGCGAAUCCCGGUACAGUGAGCUUUUCCUGUCAGUCCUGCUAGGUACAGGAAACAGAAGUUCCUGUACCACGGUACACUCCGCUUGGCCACGCUACAGUCAGGGGUGUAGAAACACUGACAGUCACACACACUCAAUGACAAACACACAGACAUCUCUGACAGCCAGACUCACUUAUCUGACACUCAUUCAUUGACAGACACACAAACACUGACAGACUCAUUGACAAACACACACACACACAACUCACAGACACUGACAGACACAUGUACUCACAUGCACACACGCACAUACUGACAGACACUCACUCACACACACACACUGACAGAACCACACACACACACAUAUUCACAUACACACACACACACACACACACACACACACACACACACACACACAGACACACACACUGACAGACACACAUACACACACACACACUGACAGACACACUCACACACACACUGACAGACACACUCACUACUGACAGACACACAUACACAACACACACUGACAGACAGACACUCACACACUGACAGACACACAUACACAUACACACACACUGACAGACACACUGACAGACACACUCACUCACACACUGACAGACACACACACACACACACUGACUGACAGACACACACACACUGACAGACACACACACACACACACACACUGACAGACACACACACACACUGACAGACACACACACACACACACACUGACAGACACACUCACUCACAUGCACACACACACUAACAGUAAUUAAUCAUCUAAAUUAAAUUAAAAUUUCCCACCCAGCCUCCCUACCUGGAGAGCUGGCGUGGGUCUCUCAUUGGUGGUCCAGUGGGGCUGCUGGGAGGCGUGCGGCUGAAUUGGAUGCCGAGGUGGCGAGGGAGCUCUGAUCUCUCUGAUCUGCUCCCUCACAGGCUGCUUACUGAUGCCGCGGGAGCCGGAAUAUGACGUCAUCAGUAAGCAGCCUGCAAGGGAGCAGAUCAGAGAGAUCAGAGCUCCCUCGCCACCUCGGCAUCCAAUUCAGCCGCACGCCGCGCCGGGGAUCCAGGAGGUGACCUGGCAGUAGGGAGCACUUCCCUCCUGCCGGUCACUGGAAUUUUGCGCCCCCAGAGCCGGUGUGCCCUAAGGCGGCCGCCUGUGCCGCCUUAUGGACGCGCCGGCCCUGGGUGUGGCUAGGGCUGCAUAAACAGAAACAAAAGCAAUUUAACUCCUAAAUGGUUGAGAAUUGAGUAGUGAGACUGCAGGGGCAUGAUCUUUACACUAAAACUGCGUCAUUAAGCUAAAGUUGUCCCUUUAAGUUAUUUCUUUUCACAGAGGGUAUAACAGCUAGUUCAUAAAGAGCAGCAUAUAUAUAUAUAUAUAUAUAUAUAUAUAUAUAUAUAUAUAUAUAUAUAUAUAGAUUUGUCUGAAAGAACUGUGUUGAAUUAGGAAUAAAUUCUGACUCUAAUUUCCAGGACAACAGAACACUGGAGAAACGAUCAGACUUGAAUGACGGCUUCUCCCCUCAUUUGCCAAAUGCCAAUUUUAAUAUCUUAAUUACAGGUAGGUUUAACUACUCUAUUUAAAUUUCUGUUUCUCCUUGACUUACCACCAGGCUUCCUCUAUUGCUCCUCAUAAACUCUUUCUAGAACAUAUUCAUAUAAAGCAUCCAAAAACCCACAAUAAUAUAUAUAACUCAAUGCUAGUGUCAGAAAUAUGUUUUCUAUGGGAUGGAAGGGGCAGACUAUUAACACUUGAAAGUAUACAGUCAUCUCUUUACCACUCUUUGAUCAAUAUCAGAUCCAUUUUCAUUGCCUUUCGAACUACCGAUAUGCAAAUGAAAACAUGAAACAUUACUGUUAAGCAUUCAGUCAGCAUUCUCUAAGGAAAGUAUGAUUUUGUUUUUACUAGACAUGUGCAAUUCGUUUCGGUCCGAAUUAAAAUUCGGCCGAAUUUCGGGUAAUGCGGACAUUCGGGUGCUUCCAAAUGUCCGAAUAGCUGAAUUGCCGAAGUCCCGAAGUGUAGUAGUGCCAAAUUGCUGAAGUGCCAAAGUUCUGAGGUGUCAAAGUGCCGAAAUUCCGAAGCACAGUAUUGCCUAAGAACUAAUUUACUUACCCAGUGGAAGAAUGAAGAAUGUUACACUGUAUACAAUUUCAAAUAAAAAGUAUACAAACAUAGCCAGGAUUCAGCUGUAAGCAUUUGCAACACUUACAACAAUCAAGUAACGUACAUUCAUAUAAAAUGUAAGUUACUUAGCCAGUCAAUGUAAUGACAGGAAUGAAUAAGUAGAUAACUCCCUAAUUCCCACGGUAUUAGGGAGCUUUUUUUGCGCUUUUAAUUUUUAAUUUUUUUUAUUGCGUCGGUUAUUAUGGAUUUUUUUGCCCUUUUUUUGGGGCUGAAAAAAGAUUUUAGAAGAAAGAAAACAUCAAAUGGUAAGUUUAUGUUUAUUUUUACAGGUACUUAGUUAAAGGUCCCUCAUUAUUUUUAGGGUGAGGGGGGUAGGUAGGGGUUUAUUUUUAUGGGGAGGGGGUGAAUAGGGGUUUGGGGACCCCUAGUCACCUGGAGGGGUUUAAUUUUCAUUUAGGGCCCCCACCCACCGCUCAGGGGUUGGGGGCUAGAUGGGAGGACAAUAAGUCCCCCCCAAUUUGUAUUUAGGGCCCCCACCCGCCGCUCAGGGGUGAGGACAUUAGGCCCCCCUCCCUUAUUCUUGUUUUUAGGGCCCCCACCCACCGCUCAGGGGUUGGGGCCGGUGGGGAGGCCGGUGCUCACUGUUUACUAGACAUGCCCCUAUUUGCGGUAUAGCGAGUAGGGACACAAUUUACUAAUACUAAGAAAUUUUUACUUAGUAUUAGUAAAUUUGACUGAAAGACCAGUUUAGGUCUUUCAGCCUUUUGGUAGAUAGCUCCCUAAUACCGUGGUAAUUAGGGAAUUAUCUACCAACUGGCUGCAAGAAAAGUCCCGAAGUUCAGAAGUUGCCGAAGUUCCGAAGUGUCUAAGAUCUGAAGUUCCAAAGUGGCGAAGUGCCGAAUUCACGAAUUUCGGAAUGCCGAACCGAGCCGAAUAUUUUCCCCAUGCACAUGCCUAGUUUUCACGUGAUGCAAUGCAGAAGUAAACCGUAUUAAGAUAGAUAUAUGUGUCCCUUAAAGAUUAACAACUUGUGCGAUGCCACUUAAGUAGUUUUUGGACAAAAGGAAGUAUCCCUGGUUUAAAGUUGACCCCUUUUAAAUAAAGCAGGGUAGACUACAGAGAUUAAAUGUCUGUUUCCAAACACUGUCUGACCCAAGAUGCAUGUUUAUGGCUGAAGAAUCCUAUCAUAUACUAAAGGUAGGGAUAUGUUGUUCUCGAUUUUGUUUUUGUUGUUGUUGUUUUUUUAAAUAUACGUCAUUUAAAAAAGAAAAUUUCCUUUAAAAACUUAAUGAAAGGAUUAAUAUGUUAAAAAUAGUUUUGGGGUGAGACUUGCCCUUUAAGGGUCCUACGUCUAGUUGCCAUGGAGAUAAUCACAAUGAUGCUAAUUACUGUCACUGACAGGGAAAGUAGGCAAGUAGAGUACGCUUAAUCUACGUCCUGCUUUUGUUUCCUUGAUUGAAUGUUUUUAAUCCUCGCCAACAUCUUUUUUCUUCAUUUACAAUCUAUCUCUCCUGCUUUGUAUCUGUUCAUUUCUUAUCUCUCUAUUCUGUUUUCUUUUUACAUUAUUCCUAUUUAAUGAUUGCUACUGUUAUUAAUUCUGCCUCUCAAUAUGUAUUCCCUCCAUGACUCCCUCCAUUUUAGGAAAUGAUGCUUACUCAACAGUUGUCCGACAGACUAGCAAUGGAAACACAAAGAAGCCGAGAUUUCACAAAAGUUAUAAAUCCAAACCGCUGCUGUACACUGGAGAUAACCUUAUGAGAAGUAAGUCGUAAAGGAAAGUAUAAAAUAUGGGGUUUAGGAAGCAACAGAUUGAUGGAAAUAGAGGGAUGAGAAUAAGGCAAAGGCGCAAAAAGCUUUAAAUCAAGGCUACGAUUUAGUGUGUGAGUUAGUUUUAGGGUGAAAACGUGGGCAGAAGACACGAGUAUUAAAUGGUGAGCAUAUAGACAGAAAAAGAUAAUGUCAGGAAAAAAAGAAGAAUUAAAAUGGAGAAAGAGAGAAUUAUUACAUCAUUUUUAUUUUUAACGCUCUCUCGAAAUUCCUUUUUUAGUGAUGUCUUGUUGAUUAAAUAAUUAUCACCCUCUACUACCGUCUCCCGUCUUCACUUUUCCCUUUUAGAUCCUCAGUUUGUAAAAUCUCUGGUGGUGGAGAGUAAAUCAAGGGAUCAAGAUAAAAUAUUACUCUUCUUCAUAGAGGAUAGUGGUCUGUCCCGUACUACAGAGAAAAGGCUGUCCAUGGUGGCCCAAAUGUGUAAGGUGAGCAAAAUUGCAAUUUGCUGUCAUGAAAAUUCUUUGGAUGAUGGGAGAUAAUGAUUCUAAAAUAUUAUAAUCAGGAAAUGGGAUUCAAUGUAUUUCCACUGUGGAUAUAAUUAUCAACAGUUAGAGUGUUAAAUACCCAUCAAUAACGUGCGUUUUACUCGGCACCAACAUAAAUAAAGCAAAAACUGUACUGAUCAUUGAUUGAUUAAUUGAUUGGUUAAUUGAUUUUUGUCCAUGUAGACUUUGCUGAGUUAGGGAGGACUUCACAAAAAUUGUUAUAAAUAAAGAGUUUCUGCUUCUUUAUGAAAACGUACUCUUUUUUUUCUGAGCUUUUGUAAAUUUGGAUGAUUCCAUGUAGGAAAUUGCCAGUGUCCGAGGAGGUGGGAUCUUGUGUACACACAUCAAUAUAAUCAUUUGUAUGGAUUUCCCCAAUCAGAUAUCUGAAUGAGGGAAUUGAGUAAUAGCUGCAGAGAUUUUGCAGGUUUUGGCACCUUUACUAUAGUAAAUCUUGGGUCAGGGACAGGAGAUCUUGUUGCAAAAAAUAAAUUCUAUCCAAGAAGCAAAUCAUAUAAAACUACAAGGUGGCUUUAGGCAGACACCUAGGACCCAGUGUUUAGUCAGAGAUUUUCUGUGUGAGAGGCGGUUAGUGGGCAGAUGGGAAGUGAUCCCUUCCACUUCCUGUCCAGCCUCACACACAGACCCAUGAGGAGCUGGGACCAGCAACACUUUCUGCAGCUCUGCUAUUAUGGCUAGCUGGACCACAAAGGACACUAGCCAAGGCUCCUGGUACUUCUCAGCCUAUUCAAGCUCAAAAGGGCAAAUAUAAGUGCUGAAAGCAGAUGCCCCUAGUGGUGAUUCACACCCUUUUUUUUUCUCUCUUAUUCUUUCUCUCCCUCUCGCUAUUAUAUACUUAUUUAUUUUUAAUAUCUCCUUUGUCUCAUUAUGUUAUCUCUCAGCAUGAGAUUGGUCCCGAUGACACCAACAAUUACAAUGUAUUUAGCACAGCACUGAAAUCAAGACUAGUAUGUGGGUAUCCUGCGAAAAAUCAGUAUUUUCCAUACCUACAAGAUAUUUUUAUGCUGAAGAGAAAGGAAGGAGACCUGAUCUAUGGCCUGUUCAAAAAUGCAUGGUGAGAUCCUCAAAAUUAUGACUUUAUUCCAACUCGUUUCACUAGAUCUGUCUACGGGCUGCAUAUAAAUUGUACAUUGCCAUUUUUAAAUUAAAAUUCACAUCUGUGUAUUGUGUAAUGUGCAACAGAUCUAAGGUAUCAUAAAAUUAACAAGAAAAAUAGUAUAACAAAACUAUUACAACAUACGUCCCAAAUGGCUCAGUGAAUCUGACAUCAUUAAUGAAUUCCAGUGACAAAGGUGAUUUAGUCACCUUUUUCCAGCUCCUUAUGUCUGUCCCCGCUUCCGAUCUGCCUCCUUGGCUGACAGCAUCUGAAUUGAUGAUCUCAGCCAAUCACAAUGCUUUCCCAUGCUCUCAGCCGAGGAGGCUGGGAUGGAGCCAAAAACCUCCCUGUUUAAUCAGCAUCUCCUCAUAGAGAUGCAUUACAUCAAUGCAUCUCUAAGGGGAAAGUUCAGCGUCUCUAUGUAGAACGUGGAGAUGCUAACCGUCAGUGCUGACCCAGAAAGCACCAUCUGAGGAGUGGACACUAGAGUUGUUCCUAGGCUGUAACGUAAACACUGCCUUUUCCACCAAAAAGGCAGUGUUUACAACAAAAGGCCAGUUAGGCCGGGCAUUACUCACCAGAACAACUACAAUAAGCUGUAGUUGUUCUGGUGGCUAUAGUUUCCCUUUCAAUUAUUAUAGUUAGGAAGGAUAAGAAACAUUAUGAGAGCUCCAUUACCUGAAUUGAUCAUUAUUUCUGAAAAUCAAUAGUAGCAAAAUAGCUCUGUGGCUUGUUUCAUAGUCUUGUCCCUCUUUAAACAGAAUAAAGUUGGCACAAACCAACAUUCCUUUCAUUGUAGAUCUGUAGAAAUAACCAAUAAAAACAAACCUCCACAUAUUGAUCUUUGGAAAAACGAUAAAACUAUCCCAAUAUGCAAGUGCUCUUUUUAAUUGAUGUUUAGAAGAGCCAACAUUUAACAUCUGGAGAAAUGCUUUUAUCAUAUUCCGGUUCUGCUACUAUGAGAAGAUUGUAUUACACCAACCAGAGUGCUCUCUGAAUCCUCGCGUUUCUUUUUAUCUCUGUUAAUUUGUAUUUUAUAAACAUUUUCAUGGUUCCGAUCAACACUAUUGACCUCUAGUACUGGACUAACGGCUCUGACCAAGUAAAUCCUGACCCCCUGUGCGCUGUGUAUACACAGUUUCAUAGUGAUGUUACCAUAGUCUAUAUACACACUGCUAGACUAAUCUAAGUGGAUGAGACUAUGAUUGAUGAACACGAGGACGAGAGGAAAUGCUUUUUGUGGCCUUCCAGACCUAAACAUCAUUGAUCUUUUAUGGGACGUUCUGGAAAACUGUGCAAAAUAAAUUUCCAAAUUCUUUACACAAAAUAUUUUCAUUUUCACUGGGCUGUAUCCGGUUUGGCAAACCUCUAUAUGUCUUAACCUAUACAGUGCGUAUAUACUGUGUAUUUAUAUAAACUUAAGGUGCACUUUAUCUUUAAGUAAAUAACAAACACUUGAUAUAGUGCUUGUAGCCAACUUAUUGUAGAUUCUUUCCAUCCAUCCAUCCAUCCAUCCAAUAUCUAUCUCUCUUUCCAGGAAUCGGACUGCUGUCUGCUCAUACAGUGUUCUGAACAUUGAGCAGACUUUCAACAAUUCUACUUUAUUUCAAUCAAAGACAACAGGCCUCAAUAUUCGUCCAGGAACGGUGAGAUAAUCUGUGCCCUGAACACAUAGUGUCUGUGUGCUGUCUCUCCAUGUCAUUUACACCCUUGGCGACUUUAACGCAGCCUUAGUCUGCAUGUCGUUUUGGAUUUACAUCUCUCUAGUGUUGUUCUUAUUUCCAUGUCUUUGAAUCUUUUAGUUUGCCAUCCAUGUUGUCCACAGAAAACUUUCUAGGGGGACAAAUCCAUAAUGUGUAUAUAGUCUCCAUUAUGCUCCCCCCCCAAAAAAAAAAAAAAUAGGGGGAGAGGCACUUACCUCCUAUUCUUUUUGUUGCUGAUGCUAACUAUGCUUCCUUUAGUUACUGUUACUUACCUAAUUGUGCCACCUGUUCAUUCUGUCAUUUUUUUGUUUUUGUUUGUUCCAUCUUUGUCUUUAGUCUCCCUUGCUUUCUCUCCACAAACCUUUGGUAAUCCAUUAAGUGCACCAAUCUCCCCCAUCCCGUGCUUAUAUCAUCUUAACAAUCUUCUUUCCCCAUUCAGUGCCUCGAAUCUGGGAAGCGGACACCAAUUGAUACAUUUACUGAGGUCGCCAAUAACCCAGAGAUAACGGAUUGGGUGAUGCCAUCAGGAGGCAGUGCAUUGAACCAAAGUUUGGUCUUCUACACCAAUGUUGUUGUGAAUAAAGUGACAGCAGUAGAUAAUGAGACCUACAGAGUUCUCUUUCUGGCUACAGGUAACGGACAUUUCUGUUUUUAGCCUUAGUAGACCCAUGCCAACCAGUCACCAUAACUGUACUUACUAUAGUUAAAGGGACACUCUGGACCCCUAUAGCAUUUUUAGCAUUUUAACUUGAUGAAAUGCUUUAUAUGUGAAGAUUGUGUCUUCUUUUUUUCUUUUUAACAAACAUUUUCAAAAUGAACCUUGUUACACACCAUGCUUUCAAGCAGAAAACAGGUCCUGUUACUUCCUGGCUUGUUUAGCUCAGUGGAGCUAAACUCAAUAGUGAGGUAAUUACCCAGAGCACCUGCAUCAGAAAGUCUGAGUGGGGUUUGAAGGGGGGGGCUUCAGACAAGAGAACCGCACCUUUUGCAAGCUGUUCUUAGAAAUGAAACCAAAUUAUGCAUUUUUUUAAUUAAAUACAUGCAUGUUUUCAUUUAUAUAUCUAUUAAAGUGUCCAUUCAUUGUUCAGUAUUAUACAUAACAUAAGGUGUUUUGAAAGGGAUUAAAGGAUCACUAUAGUGUCAGGGAAAACAAAGCGGUUUUCCUGACACUAUAGUGCCCUGAGGGUGCCCCCACCCUCAGGGUCCCCCUCCCGUGGUGCUGAAGGGAUUAAAACCCCUUCAGUUACUUACUUUAAUCCAGCGCCAGGCUCCCUCAGCGCUGGUGACCUCUCCUCCCCGUCCAACGUCCGCUCCCCUGUCCGACGUCAAUGGAGCCAAAUGCGCAUGCGCGGCAAGUGCCGCGUGCGCAUUCAAAGUGUUCUCAAUGCUUUCCUAUGGACGCUCUGCGCGAUAGAUGUGAAAUUCGCACCUAGCGUUGCAGAUGCGCCUCUAGCGGCUGUCCGGAAGACAGCCACUAGAGGCUGGAUUAACCCCGAAUGUAAACAUAGCAGUUUCUCUGAAGGGUACAUCUGAAGGGUUAAAACCUGGGUGACUUUGCACCCAGACCACUUCAUUGAGCUGAAGUGGUAUGGGUGACUAUACUGUCCCUUUAAGUUCUUCUUCUAGACCCUCUGUUAUUUUACACAUUUCUCAUGUUGCAGAUUUUUCUAUAAUUUUCACUCUGAUGGAUUGCUAUUAAAUUUGCUAUUUAGGACCAGCACUGAAUAAGCAUUGCUCUAUAUCUACGGGUGAUAUUUAUUUUAGACAUGGGGGGCACUUUUUUUAUUAAUUUGACCGAAAAAUUGUGUUGGCUGCCUUACAUUUUAUCAUCUCUUCUCUCAUGCUUCACAGUAAGACCGUUCCUGUACUGAUUCCUCUGUUAAAUGUACUAACAUUUAAAUGCUUCCAUUAUAUCCACAAAUUCUAAAAAAGAAUUUCCUCCGUCUAUUAACAUGUUUUUACUGCAGAUGACGGAUAUGUUGACAAGAUGGUAGAGAUAAAUGGUAAACUCAUACUCGUGCAUCAGAUGAGUCCACUCCAGCAACCAGAAAGAAUCCGAUACCUCGAACUGGAUCCUACACAGGUGAGGGAAUUGACUAAACGGAAUGUUGCAAAAUAUGCCUCACAAAAGAUCUACAUAAUUAAAAGACUGAGACCUAGGGAUUAUUAUAGUAUCUCACUUGGUUAUUGGCCAGGUUGUGCGUUAAACAUUAUGUAAUCAAUGAUGUGUAAAGAAAAGAAAGGAAAAGAAAGUAUAAUGUUGAGAGAAACAAUUAGAAUCUGUGCGCAUGCAGUGGUUUAAGCAUACUGUUAGGAUAGGUAUGAUAAAUACACAAAAUAUUUCGGUAAGAUAAGUUCUCACUAUUAUUGAAAUACAUGCCAGUAACAAAUAAAACAAAAUAUACACUUAACAUUAUGAAAGGGGGGAUCCGAAUAUGCUAAAUGCGUUUCUCGAUUAAAGCCCUUUCUCAGCAGCUGGACUUCACUGCCUAAAUACAAAAUAAAUAAAUAUCACUUUCUAAUUGAUGUACCCCAAUUGAAAAAUUGCAUGCAUUUAAUUAUGUAUUUUUUUCAUUGGAGCUAUAUCUAAAAACAGCUUGCAAAAACUGCAGAACUCUUGUCUGUUGCCUUUCCAAGCCCUCCCCUUCUGACUCCACCCACACUUUCUGUGGCUGUCCAAUGAGAGACUUCUCAAUGCAGCUCAAUGAGAAGUCUUUGGAAGGCAGGUGCUCUGAGCAAUUUCUGCCUCUUGAGUUUAGAUCCACUGAGUUAACAAAACCAGGGUAUAACAGGACCUGUUGUCUGCUUGAAAGCCAAGAGGGAGAUGUAACCAGGUGAAUUUAUAAAAGUGUCAAUAUAUAUUGAAAUCUCCACUUUUUGUAAAAUGAAAGAAACAGGACACACUCUUCACAUGCAAAGCUUUUCAACCAGCUAGAGUACUGGUAGGGGGUCUGGAGUGACCCUUUAACGUGGUGAUCAUUUUACAAAAUAAAAGGGAACCUCUAGUCUGUUUUUCUACAAUGUGGUAUACAGACAGUGUGAAUAUACAGUCGCAUUGGCAGACUAUUUAUAUAGUGGUAGAAUUUCUUACAAAAAAUGUUUGUUUUACAAAAUAACCGCGCACUGUAAAUAUUUACUGUGAAUGUAGCUCAACCUUUUGCUUUUAUUCUGCAGCGUUUACUAUACGUGGGAACAACACGGGAAGUGGCCAGACUUCCUGUAGAUAAUUGUACUGGAUACUAUAGAAGCUGUGAAAGCUGUCUUAAGGCUCAGGACCCCUAUUGCGGCUGGGCUAAUGGGAGUUGCCAAUCUAUCCUGAAACACGAAAGGUCAGUCUGAUCACUCAGAAAAAAAAUAUUUUUUUUGUUCCCUUGAUCCCUUAAACCCAUUAGACUCAUCACUGUCAGUAGUUACAAUACGUUUUAGCAGGAGUUCUAAAUAUUUUGUUAUUAUGUUGUAACUACUUCAAUACGAGGUUUAGUUAUACCUCUUGUUAUGAUAAUCAUGUCAAGCUAAUGAUCGUCCUGCCCAGACUGGAGAAGAGUAAAGUCCGGUUGGGUGUAUGCCAGUCACUUAACUUGCGACUUUGCAUAAAGAAUAUGCCACACUGUUUGCCUGGAUGUCAGCCUGAGUGGCUAAGCAGGCAACCUUCAGCACUCCAGAUGUUGUGGACUACAUCCCCCAUAAUGCUCUUACUAGCAUAGUAAGCAAAGCAUCAUGGGAGGUGUAGUCCAAAACAUCUGGAGUGCCGAAGGUUGCCUAUGCCUGCUCUAGAGGAAGGGCUGAAAUAUCCUGUAAUCCUUAGCUAUCUCAACACACGUUUGGCAAGACAGGGAUAUCGAAAUCAGGACUGGCUUGCCAAAUUCAGGACUAUUGACAAGUAUGGUUGCUUGUAACAGUGCUGAAUGUUUAAGACUAAAUUAUAAAGCAGAAGUUCACACCAAAAUAGCAUACAAUAUAACUGUUAUUUACUCACUAAAAUUAAAAUACAUAUUCGGGCCCAGAUUAAUCAUCGUUACAAAAAGCACAAGCAGUACUUUACAAAAAUGAGAGAGCGAUCACAACUUACAGUACCAGAGCUGAUAGCAGCGUUAUAUCAAUCUUCAACGUUUCAGCAAGCUUAUGCCUUUCUCAAUAGGAUAAUUCUUGGUUGUAUUUUGUGCUAUUUUGGUGUGAAGCUCUGCUUUCUUUUUAGAGAUUGCUUGUAUAGUGUGUAUUAUAUUGUAUUGUUUUUCCACAAUUUCUAUAGUAACCUGUGUGCUGUCUAAACGCAGGUUCUGACGUGUUUGAAUAAUUGAUUAAGGCCCUUUAUUUAUUCCCUUAACUAUUAAUAAUGCAACACUCUUUGUUUUCGCUUUGAACAAUAGUGUUGUUGACACACUUAAAGGACCACUAUAGUGCCAGGAAAACAUACUCGUUUUCCUGGCACUAUAGUGCCCUGAGGGUGCCCCUACCCUCAGGGUCCCCCACCCGCUGGGCUCUAGGGUGAGGAAGGGGUUAAACUUACCUCUUUCUCCAGCGCCGGGCGGGGAGCUCGCCUCCUCUCCUCCUCCUCGGCUGAAUGCGCAUGCGCGGCAAGAGCUGCGCGCAUACAGCCAGUCUCAUAGGAAAGUAUUCACAAUGCUAUCCUAUGGAUGCUAGCAUCUUCUCACUGUGAAAAUCACAGGGAGAAGCACGCAAGCGCCUCUAGCGGCUGUCAAUGAGACAGCCACUAGAGGCUGGAUUAACCCUAACAUAAACGUAGCAGUUUCUCUGAAACUGCUAUGUUUAUAAAAAAAAAAAAAAGGGGUUAAUGCUAGAGGGACCUGGCACCCAGACCACUUCAUUAAGCUGAAGUGGUCUGGGUGCCUAGAGUGGUCCUUUAAACUGUUCUACUUUUUACAGAAACUGACCUAUUUUCUUUUUUUCCUUUCUCUGACUCUUCUGUACAUAUAUUUUCAUUUUUUUUUUUUUUUUUUAGUUUUUGUUUGAAAUUAUUUAUGAUAUACCAGCAGUUUAGCAGGAAGCCCAUGUUAGGGGACAAAUUGAGGAACCAUCAUUGGGAUGUGUUGCUUGAAUACAAAAUGCAAAACAAUUGACACAAUAAAAACUGGCGUAAAAAUUCUUGAGUUACAGUAUAUAAGGUCACUGCCCUUUGAAACGUCUUUAUGAAGUAAUUAAGAAAAUGCAUAUAGUGGUAAUUUGUUUAAAAAAUUUUUUUGUUCUCCUUAAAACAACAGUGUACUCCCAUUUUAAAAAAGCAAUUUAGAAGAUGUGCUGAUAUAGCAAGUUCAAAUAAUCUUCCAUUGAUUUAUUUUACCCUUGGUAGACUUUCAAAUUCAAGAGUUUCUUGUUAGGAAAUGUGUUGUUUCUGUGAAGAAGGUGUUUUCAUACCACCUUUUCAACACUCAACUUCUUCUUUCAGUUCUCGGUAUAUAUUUUUUUUAAUAAUAUCUUUCACCAUUUAUCAUGCUCUGGAAACUACAUCUGCAUGCAAUCAAGUGUGAAGGCAAGCUUAGGGUGUCUUCGAAACUGCAGAGGAAAGAAUAAAAAAUGCAUAGAGUGAAGUAUAGCAAAACUGAAACAGUAGUAGAUUUAAUAAAUAGUUAUAUACAAACGUAUUCAGAAACAAUUGCAUAUAAGAGAAAGUGAGUAUUUCAUAACGAUAGAAUUUUAUGUAAUACUCAUUUUGACUGUGUUUGGAUUUCACUGAAAUUCCAACCCAGUCACGAGAUACUGAGACAAAGUAGGGACGAGACCAGGCAUAGGCAACCUUCGGCACCUCUCAUAAUGAUUUGCCAUGAUUAUGGGUGUAAAAGCAUUAUGGGGGAUGUAGUCCACAACAUCUGGAGUGGCGAAGGUUGCCUAUCCCUGGACUAGACUCUACCAGCGUCACCAUCACCAGUGCCGGCUGCAGGGAGUUGGCUCUGUCUAUUAAGGGUCCCGUGGUAUAGUGGGACCCCCCAUAGACAUCAAAGCUGUACUCUUGCCCAUGUGUGAGAGUAUAGCUGUGAUGUCGGCUCCUGGUGCUGACCAGAUUUCAAGACCUUAUCCAGUCAAUGAAUUGUUAGAACCAGCAUAGAUUAUACAAUAAAGCAGACUUAAUGUUUAUCUUAUUGAUGUUAAAGGGAUAAUUUGUAUGUUCUAUAUUUCACUAUGAGAUAUGUUCUGUUAGAUGAGAUAAGUAUAUCUCUAGCAUCGGACAAAGGCCAUUCAUUUACCAGAAUGACAUUUAUUAAUUUGUCUUGUAAUUAAAAAACCUGGAAACCAGUGCUGGGUGAAGGAACGAGGGGAGGGGGAUAAGAAGGAUGGUAGGAGGUGUAAUAUUUUUUUUUUUUUUUUAAAAGCAAUACAAGUAGUGUAGGGAGGAAGUGGAACAUUAUCUUCCGAGCGCUCUGACAAACGCAAAAUAUGCAUAUAUUUAUUCUAGAAUUCACCUUUUCUUAUAUUUAAAACACCCUGUGUUACAUAAUAUACCAUAAGGCAAUGGUGCAUAAAAGGUAGAUCUCCAGAUGUUGUAGAACCGCAACUCCUGUGAUGCUUUGCAUGCCUUUAGAAUGCUAUUAGAAUGACAAAGCAUCAUGGAAGCUGUAGUUUUAAAAAAUCUGGGGUUUAGGGAUAAAAUUUUUUUACUGUUUUAAUAAGGCAUACUGCCCUUUAUCCACCUCCCACAACAGCAUUUGCAUGUGAUCUAACUUUUAUAUUAUUUUGAAAAGCAAUGCAAAUGAUAUGUGGCCCAUUAACACUCACACGUACUUCUAUUCUGCAACUCCACUUUAACUCUGCAGAGAAAUUUCACUCCCACUGAGUACGGUCACAGGAUUUAUUGCAGGCUGAAAUGACAGCCUUCAAACGCCUGUGUCAAAAAAGAUGUUUGAUGUAACUGUGCUUACCUAAUUUUGUGACAUCAAAAUGGUAUUUCUGCAUCUAAGCAAACAUUUUUACAUCCUCUUUAAAGGAUAUCAAAAUAAGGGACACCAUGUAAUUGCUUAAACCAAUGUCCCAAUAUAAGGGAUAACAUUAUUACAAAUUAUUGUUGUGCCCCAAUAUUUAUAUGAAGGUUGAAUAAAUAGUCGAUAAAGUAGAAUUAUAUAAAGUUCUAUAAUUCUAUAUUCUAAGUAUAACUGAGCAACAAUCGAUACACAAAAGUUCUGUUUUAUCCCAGGUUUAUGUACUAUGUGCCCCAUGCGUCAUGCCAAUUUAUGACUUUUUUUUGUUUUAAAACUAAAAUUAUAUGAUACCAAGUGGGUGGAACAUCUAAAUCAGGGGUAGGAAACCGUCGGCACUUCAGAUACUGUGUACUAAAUCUCCCAUGAUGCUCUUGCAGCCAUAAUGCUGGCAAAGCAUCAGGGGAGAUGUAGUCCUCAAUAUAUGGAGUGCGAAGGUUGCCUACCCAUAAUCUAAAAUUCACCUAAACAACAGCAACAAACCGCACUGUUAUAUUAAGGUUUCUCUGUGUUUUCCUAUCAACAGGUUAACGAUUCCAUUUUUGCAAAAUAUUACACAUGGAGAUGCAAGUGGAUGUCCGAGUGGUAAGUAUAUGAUAUAAUACAAGUACCCAGACAUAUGUUUAUAAAGUUUGUUGUGCCUUAUGGAAUUGUACUGAGCUGUAAAUUAAUUACACUCUUUCUCUCUGUUCUCGUUUUUUUCAGAACCAGUUAGCCUUCCCGUGAGUGACAUAAGGUUCAACCUGGCUAUUCAGCCAGAGCAUGAGUCAACGAAUGUGGAUAAUGGCACAUCCAGGCAUUCCAUCGGAUGGCUGCUGUGGAUAGCAUUACUUACCGUGACAAUUAUGUGAUGCCUUCAAUGAAUAUGUAUUCUUCCACAAAGGAUAAAGUUUAAAGGACACUAGUGGACCAUUUUGCAUGGCAAUAGCGGGAGUUUAAGGUCACAGUGUGAAAGGGUUUGCUGAGUAAGUCCUUAAUUUUGACUGGUUGGAUUGAUAUUCUGGGACCAGCAGCGCCUGCUAUUGCUUUAAAUGCUUGACCAGCACAUUGUGUCAUCUCCAAACCGCUAUGUAUGAUACUGUGAAAUGCCUGGGGAAUACAGCCAGUACUCGUUAGAGGGCAUGGUUGAACACCAUGGCUCACAUGCAGCUGAGUUGGUUUGUAAAUAUCUCCUGUAACCAGACUGCAUUAUGGACAUGUGACGGCACAGGCCCCUUGCCACUCUGUAAUGACAGCCACCAUUCCUUUCCUGUAUGGCAACACUAGGAGGAAGUGAUGUCAGAUCACUUCCUCCUAACACAAGAAGGAAGCUUUGCAGGAGAGAAGAAGUAACCCAUGUCUCUGCCUGGUUCCCCAGUGUAUCCUGUUGAGGCCAUCCUCCUGCUAGACGAAUAGGGUGGCCAAAACUUAAAUUUCAAUGUUUUUUAUUUUUUUUUAUUUUCAGCUUGCUACAAUUCAUUGUACAUGCUCAAAAGAACACUCUACUGCCCAAAUACAAAAACAAAAUAGAUACAAAUCACUGUUUGGUAGAUAUACCCCCAAUGAAUACAUGCAUGCAUUUAAUUGUGCAUUUUUUCCAUUUAGGUAUAUCUAAAACCGUCUUACAAAAGUGGCAGAUCUCUUGUCUGCAGCCUUUGCAAGCCCUCCCCUUAUCCCCCUUCCAAGACUUUCUGUGGCUGUCCAAUCACAGACUUCAAGGAGAAGCUCGUAGAGAAGUCUUUACAAGGCAGUUGGCCACUGAGCUUACCAAACCAGGAAGUUACAUGACCUGUUGCCUGAUUGACAGCCAGGAGAGGUGUAAUAAAAGUACUUAUUUCUAUAGAAUUCUGCACUUUUUAUAAAAUGCAAAAAGAGGACACUCUCUUCACACAUAAAGCAGUUCAACAAGCUGAAGUGCUUUAGGGGUCUGGGUACUUCUUUUAAAGGAACACCCACGCACCAUGAGAACUAGAAUGUGCUGUAGUGGUUUUGCAAUCUUGAGUGCCCUGGCAUCCUCCCAGAUUAAAUAUCCUUAACAGUGCCCAGGGCACUCCUGAUUUCAUAACCACUACAGCAGGCUGUAGUAGUUUUGGUGCUUGAUUUUUACUUUAACUGCUUUUUUGGCGAAUCAGUUCUAUUUACCCAUAACACCAUAGCUGUUUUACUGGAGAAAAACUACUUACUUGGAACCCAAGCUUUAAAAGUUACCUCAUUUUGUCUGUGAUGUUUGGCAAUACAAUGGAGACAGUUUCUCAUGUUCUUUUCACAAAACAUACUGCUACAGGAUGCUUAACUCGGUAUCCUCAAACCCUGCUGGAAAGGGGGAUAUUCUUAGCACUUGCACCUAGAAAGUUGAAAUGUCAAGAAGCUGAACUGCUUGGCCAAUUCUUGGUUAAGUCCUAGCUUAUUGCAGAUGCUGCUUUUCCUGGCGAUAUGCAGCUCAAGGGCUUUAAAGGUAAUUCUAUUUUUGUAAACCUUUAAAUUAUUUUAUGUUUUUUUUGUAAAAAGAAAUACCAUGGGAUUGGAAUUAAAUUCCCUUUAAACAUUCCCUUUAACCAGAGAUGCUUAUUAAAAACACAAUCUACUUAAAGUGCCGAGGAUAGUGUGUUCCACUACUAAUGGACCAGCAGGACGCCAAGAUUUGGUGUUCUUAAGUCCCUACAAUUCUAUACUAUUAAAUGCAAUAUCUGUACAAAUGAUCAGAGCUAGCAAAUCACAUGCCUUGCAAACACAGUCAGGGACAUUUGUAGAACUUUAUAAGUUAGCUUUUGGAAUCCAGAAUGUUCAUAUUCUGUUAAUCCUUCUCAGAGUUGAAAUAUAUCCUUGACAACGCCAUCUGAGUUCAAGCAGGGCUUUCAGUGGCAAGGUUUAAAUAUCUUCAAAUUAGUGCUGAAUAAGAGAGUUAACUCAGUUUCUGCCGUUCACUUUGAAAUUGGAUUAUGAAACCCAAGUGAGCAAACCUGAUUGUCGUUCUAGUAUGAUAACCCUGUCUCUGCAUUCCAAAUUAGUUGGACAGCAAACACCAGUACACACAGUCACAGUAUGGCUGAACCUGAUGGGAGAAUCAAUUCACAGCACCUGGAUUGCUUGAGGUAGCCAAUAGCUACUUAUUAGAAUGAAAAAAAACUAUUUCUUGAAUAUGGAUAGUCCUGUAAAAAUAAAUAAAAUAAAGAUACCUUUAGGACAGGCAUAGGCAACCUUUGGCACGCCAGAUGUUUUGUACUAUACCUCCUAUGAUGCUUUGCCAGCAUUAUGGGUGUAUGAGCAUUAUGGGGGAUGUAGUCCACGACAUUUGGAGUGCCGAAGGUUGCCUAUCCCUGCUUUAGGAGAUUCUACACCAUUAUGCACCAUUAUUUAUCAAAACAUCAGUUGGCUUAUUUAUACAUGAAAAAUAUUUUGGUUCAUUAUAUUAAUUGCUUGUUAAUGACUGCCUUAUGUCUGAGUACCUGAGUUUUAGCUACUGGUAUGUGGGGUUGAAGUUGAUUAUUAAUCUGCCAUAAUUGAAGGUCAAACUUGCAAUUCAGGGAGGCAAGUAUUUUGGCAGUUAUGUACUUCAAGGAAUCCAGUAGCAUUCUAUGCACUUUCCUCUGGACUCAGCUUUUUCUGAAUAAUUGUCCUAAAUGUACAUAGUAUUUAACAAAGUUUUGACAAGAUCCAUGGCAUAUUGAAACAUUUGCUUAAACCUGGAUUUAUAUCCUGUUAUGUGUUAGUUGCUCUGCAUAUAGAAUGGUUGAACAUUUUUUAAUGUUUGCAUCUAUCAGAUUAUAAUGCCUCAUCUCUUUAGGGAAAAAUAAAACAAAUCUUUCUUUUAGAAGACUACCUACUAGGUAUUUUCUAUCCGCACAAAUAGGUCUUGUAUAGUUUUCUAACUAGUAUUAUCUAUUUUUAUGAUUUUGUGACUAUAAGCUCAUUGAUGUUAGUAUCUCUGAUUGCAUUCCUUGUUUGUUUAUUUAUUGCUAUGUUUACCAGUAUGUGUGUAAGUUGCUGAACAUUGAUCACAUCUGGUGACCACUGAUAAGUUGGCUUUUUAUGGCGGACCACCUGUUCAGGCACUUUUUGGUAUAUUUAGUAUUUAUUCAUAUGUGUUGUAUUUAAAACUCAUACAUGAUUAAUGCUUUAACAUAUGAAACAUUCCUUUUUUUGAUUAGUGUAUUUCUUCAAUAAAACAUUCAUGUCUUUCUUUUUACUGCAUUUGUAGUCAGCUCUAUUUUAUUCUUUAAGAAUUAGAAAUGUAUCACUAAAACAUUUAACAUUCAGUAAAUCGAUUUGAUGUAAAACUGUGUAAUAUCACUUGACUAAAUUUAACUGUAGAACUCUUCCUACCAGGUAGUAAAGGAAGAUCUUCCAUAGAGACACAUUCAAUCG